CUAUUUAAAACUCAUAGCACCUACGUAAAUUCACAGCCUCCUCCUGGGACCGGUUUAGCGAAAGGUCAUCAUAGAAGGGCUAGUAACAAGAUUUUUACAUUUUGUGCGUUGUGGGUUUAUGAUUUUUACCGCCGCGUAGUUAAUGUGUUAAGGGUGUGUGGUUACAGUUCGCGGUUUUACGGGGAAGGGACGCAGCCUGAUGGUCGUGUAGAGAGAGCGAGUCCAGUUUAGAUGCCAUUCUCUUUUUUCUUGAUGUUGUUUGUUUUCGUUUCGGCGGUGGUAGUCAGCCGGUCCUCCCCGUGCCCGCCCACUGGCUGUGUCUUCGGUCACGCCAGCCAGACCACCACCACCACCUCCUCCUCCACCACCUUGAUCUCUCCUCUCCUCUCCGCCUCCUCCCCGCCGGCUGUGUCCGUGGCUGGUCUUGACGCUGCGCAGCCUCUUGGGUCAGGUGCCGAGGGAGACAAGGGUCGGCGUGAAACACACGUCUGCCUCCACCAUGUUGUCGCGGCAGGUGGACUACAUCAAAGUGAACGGCGUGCCCAGUCUGUUGUUCUGUGACAUGGCCGAGAUCAGCUGUGGCUCCGAGGCCCUGAGUGUGUGGAACAGCAAGGCGGACAACGGUGGGGAGGUCGCGGACACCCGGGUGGAGGGCGAUGCUGGCAAUGAACUCCUGAUCAAGCUGCCGUACGCCGGGGCUGACCUCACCGUCCACCUCCUCUUCUACCCACACGAGCCCUGGAUGGCGCCAGAGAUGAGCUUUAGCGACACCCUCUUCUCCGCAUCAAUCACCAGCAAAGACCUCGAGGAACAGGUUCCGUCCCUCAGCGAGUGGAACAUCCUGGCAGACGACAUGCUGGCCCAGUUGGUGCAUCAGCUGCUACAACUCUAUAGGAGGUACCAGCUGGACCGACUAGAGGAGGACGAGAUCUUGCUUAUCCAGUACCAGUCGCUGCUCAAGGCUCUCAACAUUGGCGAGGGAGACAUUGAGAUUUCCGUGAGCAGCCCUGAGCAGCCGUCCUCCCUGCUGGUGCGCCUUCCCCUCAGCCUCCAGGAUGUGCCGCUGGUGUUAGUGGACGCCACCUCAACCACACCAACCACGCUGUUACAAGUGGACUUUCCGGGGCGACAGGGUGUGUUUGUGCCCAAGCUUCACCUUUCCCGUGGCGUUGAGUCGCUCAUCGGCAGCGCGUCGUCCCUGGCCCUCCCUGCCGUGCCUCCGGGGAUCUGCCUGAUGGACUACGUGGAGCGCAUCAUGGAGCUGCUGGAGGACAAGGUGCAGAAGACCAUCCACUCCUUUGAGGCGCGGAAGCAGUUCAUCGCGGAGGUGUUGUGUCAGUUUGCGUGCGCCGUGGUGGAGUAUGAUGCUGAGCGGUUCAACAACAUCGUGCUUAUGCUGGAGGUGAAAGACUUCCACUUCCUGGUCUUCCUCACCCUGGGGCCAACCUUUCCUCAGAAGGUGCCACAGGUGGUGCUUCAGUCCCUAUACCACAACAAUGCACAGGGUCCAAUCUCCAAGGAGCUGACGGACCUCAAGCACAGCCCACCGUGGAAGCCGGAGACCAUGGUGAAGCAGAUCAUGGAGGUCAUCCUGGCCAACAUCUCCUCCUUCCAGAUGACCUCCACGCGAAACUCAACCUCUCGGCGACUCGUGUGAUUUAUGUGCAGUGUCCAGCCGCCAGCACUCCUGCCAUCUCCAGUUCAACAGGAGUUAUUGUCCCUGAGAAUCCUGCGGUGGUGGUGCUGGCCUCUGAACACACACUUAUUUAUUAUUAGCAACCCCUCUCAUCCUAAGAAAAAUUAAGAAGAAUGUUUUUUUCCAAGGUUAGUGAGAACUCACCAGAUUGAAAAAUAGUGAUUGUUUUUAUUUGAUACCAGUCAUGUUAUUAUUUGAUGGAGUAAUAUUUUCUGAAACUAAAAAUAUUAAUAUACUUAAUUAUUGUAUCUGCCGCUAACAACUUGUACUUUUAUUGAUGCUGUUCCUUUGGCCAUGAUGAACUCUGGGACAUAACAACAAGAUGUCCCCACAACUAUUACAUUAAGUAGAGGCUUACUGUAAUCCUUUAUGUAAAUGUCAGCCCUGAGGUGACUGUCAGUCCUGAAUUACUUGCCCAUCUUCAAUACUUACCGGACACACACAACAGGUCCAUCUCACACAUUUGUCUUGGCUUCUGAUUCUGAGUCACAGAUGUAAACUGAGUUCUCCAUUUUUAACAUUCCCUCACAGACCUCUUUCGUGGCCAUGGCUCACUCUUAUCUAUUCCUUGUGCUGCUGUAAACACCUUGACUGAGUCUGUUAAUAAUUGUUGGUUCCUGUGACUCGGCGCCAGAAGCCAGGAGUGCCUUGAACCCUUGUCUUGUCACACACCAAAGAAGCUGUUUGUGCAGGUUAUGAUAAACUUGUGGAAUGUUACAUUUUAUUGAUGAGAUUGGUUAUAGAUUCAGAGUACUUUAAGGAUUAAAGCUUUAGUAUGGAAAAUAAAAUAUAAUUUUGUAUUGUAAAACAAAUUAAGACAAAUUAUUGCAGACUGGUGCCCCUGAUCCUUGGAGCAUCCAGUGAGUCACAGUAAUACAAAAUAAUUAUAAGGAAACUUUUUCACAAUGUAUAAAACAGUUGCAUUUACAUAUUAAAAAAAUAAAAAGACUGCUACCAGUCAUAUACUUUAUAAUAAUGUACACACAUUUGAUGCUUAAAUAAUAGAAAACCUGGAAUUCUAAUCGCCAAAACUGCCCAAUGCAACACAAAGUAUCGUCCGGGAAACUUAGCGUCAGCAUGUUGAGGGUGCCGACCUCACACACCUUGUAUACAAAGGAACGGCCUCGCCCACCCUGGCCCCACAAGCCUCCUCAACAGAACACACAACAGACUCGCAGCGUUGCCAAAUUGUGGUACUCAGAAGAUUGUAUUUAUUAUUUUCAUCUCCAAAAACUAUCGUAAUCACAUAAAUAACGCUAGACAAUUGAAGUUAUCGUUAAAACUUAUUUUUUUAUGUUUCUUUGUUUUUUCGCAACAGUUAUCGGCCAGAAACUGCGACAAUGCACUGCAAUGAGUACGACAAUUUGGCAACGGUGCAACAGAGUAACGCUCAAGUGGGAAUCGGCAGUACAUUUAUCACAAAUUUUUGACCCAUGUUUACAGGGGAGGAUACGCAUGACUCACUCACUCACUCAUUCACUCAUCGUGGAUACAGGCAGCUUUCAUUUCAUGCCAGGAGCGCCCCAAGAGGCAACUUAAAGUGAAUUUCAUGCUGUUUAAACACCGAUUUUUACACGAGAGUAUGUGGCAAGUCAAGGGUUGGUUCACGUUAAUGUCAGUAAUAACUUGGACUUUUUUUAUUUCAUUGUUCCCAAACAGGUAAUUUAAGUCACAUAAAAUGAGAGGCACCUGUACUUGUUCCCCAUGAAGCAGGGCAGGCAGACAGACAGGAACCAGCUGGGUGACAGUCAGCUACCAAAGAGAGAGAGAGAGAGAGAGAGAGAGAGAGAGAGAGAGAGAGAGAUGGAGAUAAUGAGGGAGAGAAUUACAGUAAACUUUGGUGAGGAGGAGUUUUUGUGAGUUACAUGAACAACAGUUAAUGCCUCGUUCAGGGCUUCCUACAAGAACAUGUAGAGUGAUGUGUAAUUACCAAAGAAAUGUUUAGUCUUGCCAUGUAACGCCACACUGUGAUGGCCUCCCAAGAACAGUGGUGUCCAGGCCCUUCUUGGCUGGGUGUUAGGAGCACAGGGAUUGAGGGAGCACCAAGGCAUGCUAAGGUUUUCAUGCCGCCAGUAAUGACUCGCCAGGGAAGGGGCAUACCUGUGUGACACAUAUACAUACACAUAUGUACACGUGUAUAUAUAUAUGUAUAUAUAUAUAUAUAUAUAUAUAUAUAUAUAUAUAUAUAUAUAUAUAUAUAUAUAUAUAUAUAUAUAUAUAUAUAUAUAUAAUUUAUUCUUGCUUAUUAGCAUUCAAUUUUCCACACCAAAAAGUGAAGGUUUUUGUUACUCAAUUUGCUUUCAGGGUCUGGGGCUCUGACGGUAUCCUCAAAAUUACUUUGAUUUACAGAGGAAAACUUUUGUUACUUGUAAAACCAUUAUUUGUAAGAUGUUUUAUAAACCCGUCCAUCCAUGUGUACAGCAAGGCUUGGCUGUGAUGUCCAGGAGCCCAGGCCCAGACCACACAGGAGGAGGAGGCCAUGACAAGUGCCUGCAGUAUAGUAUUUCCUUAAACAAUUUAGACUUUUAUUUUCAUGACAUUCCAGGUGUUGGGGGUUAAAGCACCAAACUUUUAAUUAAAAUGCUGUACCUCACAUUGGGUCACAUUACUGAUGCCACAACCUGUGUGUUACAACAAGCCAUCUGUCCUGUGGGAGUUUAAACAUUACAUUAUUGCAUGAAGUAACAUUUUCAUGACACGCAUAACAGUAGAGGCCGUCCCUGGAUCACAAAUGAGUUUGUUACAAUAGCAGUGCAAAAGGUGAAGUUAGGAGCACAUGCUGAAGCUGUGAGAGGUCUCGGUGCUCAUCUCUGUCCCACUGGCCUUUUGUGCCUGCGGUGGGAGAACCCUUAACCCAACACACGGCCAGUGCAACAUCUGGGUCACCACAGUUUACCUUCCCCAGGUUUCCCCAGGCACCCAUUUAUCAACCAUCUGGGAUUCCAACCCAGACCUGCAGAUCUGUAGUUAGGGACAUGAACCACUGCACCACAGAGGCACGGUGCAAGCAGUGUGCCAACUGAGUAUUUAAAAGUUGGAGUGCUUACAAGUUGACGAUUACUGUCUGAAUUGCACUGGUGACCCAUGAUGGGGACUUGCACAUAGGGGGCACUGACUGGCAGCAGCACAACACUGCUCUGCCUCAGCAAGUAAGUAGUGCACCUGUUUAUUACUAUAAACAUCAUCUCUUAACUUGACUCAAUGGCUAUCAAUUCGUACAUAUGAGAGCACACAGCUUGGGACAUUUGUAAGCCAGGGACGUCCUGUGUUAAGUUACAAGUGAUUUCCAGUCAGAUUUUGAGUGUUGUGAGAAUCCCGUGUUUUGUGUAAGUUUUGUGCUCACCACUGUGACCAGCGAUGUGCUACAGCCAACACUACACCCCCCAGGAGGGAGCCUUAAAACAGUCAAUAAAUUAAUAAACUAUACAAUGUAUGUACACACAAAAGGUUAACUCUCAUAAAACCAUAACACACUUCAUUGCCUACAGUGAAUACUGCGUGUUAUCAGUGUCUGCCAGUCACCCGCUACCAGGGAGGGACUCAGCUGAUGUCCAUGCCAAGCAAGGCUGUGUUAAAGGGGGGAAGGGGGUGGACCCACAAAAUACUUUGUCUUAGAUUUUGGCAGAAUUUGUAAGCAAUUAUUAACUUUUUGACACUGCCCAAAACAUGGUGAAGUAACUCCCCAAACUAAUGUCUGGACAAAGCCUCGCUGCCAGGAAACAAAACCCACACAUGCUGAUGUAACAAAAUGAUGCAGAAUGAUCCGUUAAGUACAUUUGAAUUUAUCAUGCAAACAUAAUUUGGUAUGGUCAUUCUUUUACUGAUUUUGCUUUCUCAAGGCACAAAGGUUAGUGUGUGUCAUACAGAAUGCUUGAUUAUCUUAAGUACAUUUGGCCCACAAUGUUUAAAAUCUGAUAUGGUCAUUCUGAUGCUGAAAAUUCCUGUGCCGAGUAGAAUGGAUGAAUAUUAGUGUUGUGACGCCCAACAUGCUGGCACCCUCUGUGUGUCUGGGCGGGUGAGUUUGGUCACUGUGCCCUGGUGCAGGUGACUGGCGGACAGGUGACUGUAUGAGUGUUGUACUUUACACUGGUACACACUCAUCAAUCACCAGCUAGUCAGUAACUUACAACUUAACAAUAAAUCCUAGUAAAGUCUGAAGAAUAUCAUACAGUUACAAAACACAUUAUAUCUACAUAGCAGUGAUGUAACCUGGAGCACAUACAUUUGCACUUGAAGCCCAAGCACUCAAACUUUGGUUCAGUUCACCCUUGAGAGACAACUUGCAGCCAGUCCGGCCGUGAUGAGACUGAUGAAACAAACCGCUGAUGCCACUAAUGAUGUCCGGCAUAAACAAUAAUGCACCUAGCAGCAUUCAGGGCUCAAUGGGAGGGUGAGGGAGUUUCUAAAGCUUUCCCACAUGAACCUGGGGAGCUGAGUCGGCAGCAUGAGUGCCUAUGAUGCUGGCGACCCAGGCUCAAUCCUGCUCAUGUCAGGGGGCUAUAUCUGGGUUACUGGCUGCCCCCUGCCUAGGCCUAGUGGCUACCUGGCUAUGAAUAGGGUGGAUGAAGGUGGCAGAGAUAUGAAUCGGCCACACUUCUCCAUGUACUGUUGGCCCAAGACGUGGGGGACACUAUAUCUCUCUCCCCUACGCUGGUGAGGGUGGGGCCCCGCCUGUACCUUCUGUCCUAUAUAUUUUUUAUCUUUUGAUCAUGAUGAAGUGUAGCUCACUACUAUUGCUGUUUUUCCUUUCUAAAUACAAGGGUUGAAAACAUUAAUCUGAUGGAAACCCAGUUAUAUCACCAAGAGUUAAAUUUUUGUUACAAAAGUCUAGACUAAACUGUACAGGCAACGCACCAUAGCACUGUAUUCAAACCAUUCAGGCGUGCAGCCACAACACAGCCUCAACACUCCCUUGCCCAGGAGUUGGCGGGAGCCGAGCCAAAGCUAUGGAUGAAUAUUCAUGUUUCAAAAUGCCAUUUUUGCAGUUAUUAUUUUACUCAUGAAUCAUAUAAUGUUUUCCCAUCACUCUCAUUCCAUAACUGCGGACCUGCCGACAACUUAAAUGUUCUUUUAGUAUGUUAGUUAUGAGGGAGGAGUCCAAACUCAUCCUCAUCAUGUGUCAUUACCACACUGCCAACCAUAGUCCAACCAUUUCAAAUAGUCCAUUUGGGUGUUGGAUUCCGCUGGUCCUUUCCUCCCCUCUACUCUGCCACACAGUCCCAACACCUACCCAUAUGGUAACAUAUGAAAGGGAAAAAUAGGUGUUGGGACUGUGUGGCAGAGCAGAGGGGAGGAAAGGACCAGCAGAAUCGAAUGCCCAAACAGAUUAUUUGAAAUGGUUUGACUAUGGUGUCCUCAUACCUCACAUAUCUAGUCUCAGCCUUAGCUCAGCCCCGGCCUUGGCCAACCCCCAGCCUGGAGGCGUCAAAACUGUGGUGUUGCUGCACAUGUCCCAGUAAGCUAAUGACGAAUAAGGCAGAACCUUCCGAUGUGUGGCAGCUAUGGAGGCAAGGCUACAUAGGCUAGCUAAACUGUAAAAAGUGUAAAUUUAAGGCAAGUCAUUUCACUAUUCAAUCUGUUAACUUACAAUGUAUGUAUUAAACCUGUUACUGUCUAUUUUUACUCCUGCUUUAUGGUACCUAAAGCCUGAUGGGCCACACAAACAGCCUGGGAGGGAAGGCUCUCCACAACACACACGCCGCGGAGAACCAAAGGAACGGCAACACAGACCGGCGGAGAUGACCAACUUAAUGGUGCUUUGUGGUGUCUUUGAUCUGGGGUGUGUCUGUAGGCAUGACUGGGAUACAUGAGAAAGGCUGAGAACCAACUAAUGACCCUCCAACACUUCUCUGCCAUUGUAAUAUUGCCGGAAAUCAAAGGAUCAGGAAAUUGAGCUUCACAAUAACCCAGUAUGGAAGCAGACUGAAAUCCAUCUAAUGACCCUUCAACAUUUCUCUGCCAUUGUAAUAUUGCCAGAAAUCGAAGGGUCAGGUAAUUGAGCUUCAGAAUAACCCAGGAUGUGAUGCAUGCUGAAGACACAGACCCCAGACCACAGACCAAUGGAUGCCCGGCUUAAAACUCUCAUAGUGUGUUGUGGUAAGCCAAUGUCACCUUCCCUGCUGUUCUGUGGCGGGUAAGUCACCUCAGAAACCCAGGACUUUGCCGUGUGUGUGUGUGUGUGUGUGUGUGUGUGAUCAGCAGUACAGUUGCAGACAAACGUAAAAAUCCACCUUACUCAUGACUCGGUAGAAAGAGGAAAAAGAAAAAGGUGAUGAAGAAGCAAGCCCCCUCUCCUCCUCCUCCUCCUCCUCCUUGCCCUCCACUGUAAAAAUUGAGCUACAAAGUCAUAGGCGGAUCAAUACUUUACCCAUAACUGUACCUGUGUUGUGUGAUAAGAUUAGCAUGGAUGGCUUGUGUCUGGCAGUGCUGGUAGUGGGUGGGUGAGGCAGUGUUAAGAUGGAGGCUGAUGGAGGCUGCUUGAACAAUGCCAUGAGUGUCAAACUAACUAAUGGUGUGGGAGACGGGGAGUUAGUUGAACAAGUGUAGCUCUCCGGCGGCCAAAGACAGCGUGCACGGGAACCUCCAUGUAGCGCUGUGCCAUAGAUUUCACACCGGAGACAUUUGUGAAGUUAAAAGAAGGCCAAUUAUAUAAACUAACAAAAAAAUUACUGUUCCACUAUGACUUCUAACACUGCUAUCCUCCAUGGAAGAGUUACCAAUGGGGACAGAGUGCACAGGACCCUCCAUGUACCGCUGUGCCUUAGAUUUCACACUGGAGACAUUUGUGAAGUUAAAAAAGGCCAAUUAUAUAAACUAACACAAAGAAAUUACUGUAACAUAUAAACUAUUGUUCCACUAAGACUUCUGCCAUAGCCUUUCCCUAUAGAAGAGUUACCAGAGCUAUGGAUAGACAGAAGAGUGGCAGAAUUACUUGUGUGUUCUCCAGAAGUUAAAAAAAGGCCAAUUAUAACACAAAGAAAUUACUGUAAUAUUCAAACUACUGUUCCACUAAGACUUCUGCCAUAGCCUUUCCCUAUAGAAGAAUUACCAGAGCUAUGGAUAGACAAGACUGGCAGAGUUAUGUGUGUGUGUUCUCCAGUCCGACAGAAGUAAAGGAGCUGUCAGGACAAGUUGAAAUAGAGGCGCCAAAUCAUACCACUAGCAGCAUGAUCAAUAUGGAACAAAUUACUCUAUGCAGUGGUAAAGCCUAAAAUUCCUUCCUUGUUCCUAUAGACCUCAAAACACACAUAUCACCUUACUAACUUUCCCCAUUAUGAACACUCAAAUAGAUGUGUCCAAGGUUUCAUUCAGUGGUGUGUGUGUGUGUGAGUGUGUGUGAUGGUGGUGGCUUGGCUGUGAGGUGGAUCUGCAUGUGAUGAUGUAUGAGAUAUGAUUACAGUGUUAAAUUAGUGAUGAAUGGCUUGCAGAGGUGUGAGAUGUGAGUCUAU